AUGUUUUUCAGCAAGCCCUCUCCUGUCAACAGUCUGGUCGAGCAGCAGAAAGAUCAUCACGCUUGGGCCAUGACUGCGGUGUUGGGCAGUGAGGUUCGCGUCCUGUUGAAAAGCCAUAUCACGUACGAAGGGUUACUCACUGCGUGGAACCCGCGAGAUAAUUCGCUUUUGCUGACGACCUUGACAAAUCCGAUCAAUAAGCAUACCACGUCGACGGAGGAGGAGUUGUUCCCACCCCCGCUCAACUUGGCAAUAGGCAGUACAACAACUCCGUCGAACAGUAGUGCAGGUAGGAGAAGUUCCACGACAACUCCGGGUCCCGCACCACAUCCGGAGACUUUGCUACUCCACCUUCGCGACUUAUUGGCCUUCGAGACGCUGAAUCCAGUUGCUCUGGAUAAAAAGGGGACACGACGACAGGGGAAACUAAAACAACGCAAGAAUAAAAGAGGUGCUGAGCAGCACCAGCCGCAGAGUACGGCCAGCAAGAAGAUAAACAAAGUUCAGAAUAUUUUGAACCCGCAUCAGCAAAACGGUACUAGCCAAAUAAACGCGCAAAAGAUCAUAGUGCAACCAGCAAAGGCAGGCACAGGAGCUGCGAAGAAAGAAGAAAGCAAGAAGAAGUCCAAACAACUGAAGCUUCCUUCCCAACCAGGUGGUCCGGUAUCAAAAGGCGUAGAAAAGACCAGCAUGGAAGAAAAGGCGAAGGACGAGGACAUCGCUACCGCCCCCUCGGCCGACGCAGUACAGGAUCAAGAGGCUGCGGUUGAGAGGAAUUCUGCACAUUCGCCUGUCGUAGGCGAAGCAAAACCAAAAGAUGUUGUUGAGAAGAAACCCUCCAGCUCCAAAGGCGAAGCCGAAGGAGCCGAUGCAGGAGGCGAGCUGUCGCAUGCACAGGAGAAUGACGAGCAGGUACUGGGCGAGGGAGCUCCUGCUGGUGCAACUUCACCGCAUGAACCCCAACCCGAGGGUGAAGGCUACUACAACUACCAUCAAAAUAGAAUCGAGCACGGUGGAUCAGCGCCAAGUAAACAGGGCGGGAAAAACAAAAACAAACCAUCUGGCGGAGGUGCUGACCAAGGGAAUAGUACAACAUCCGCGUGGGGCGGUGGAAAAGACAAUAAAGAAGCAGGAGGCGCUGGUGGGAAAAAUAAGAAGGCCACGAGCAACAAAAAUAGCAAAUCAAGCGGUAGCAAAAAUGUGAAUUUCGGCGAUACAACCAAUUACCACGGCGACGGCACUACCGACCAAUAUUCGACCACCGGCGCAUACAAUAACUUUACAGAAGGAGGUGGAGGCGCUGCUAGUACGGGAGGACCGACCCACAAAAACAAGAAGGGCGGGAAGGCCGGGGAUCCGGGUGGCAAGGGUAGAACUAGAAGUCCUUUUCGUGCUUUGUGCAAAACUUCAGCAGGUGGAGAAGCUCGAUGAGACAAAUAAUGACGCACUUAUUUCUUCGAGUCCGAUGUGUGUAUGUGUCAUAUAAGAAAUAGAAACUCGUCCCAUCAAGAUACACCCCGAUAAUUGAAAAUCAGGUUCUCAACAGUCGCAACACAGCAAGUUUUCGAACCAGCAGGCCGGCCCGGCGCAGCAGCAAGUCUUGCCUGGCGGAGGGGUGCGAAACAUCAAUGCGCUCAAUCUGGAACCCACCAAUCCCUCCAUUCCGGGCGGAGGGAAUUCCUUUCCCGGCGCCCUCGGCGGAGCAGCCGCCACUUUCUUUGCGAAAGGCAACGAUAAGACAUCGUGGCGGCAAGGUGGAAAUCAACCCUCCUCCUCGUCUUCUGGAGGACCUCCCGGGAGCGCGAAACAUCAAGGAAAGUACUUUACAAAAACAGAGUGGGCUUGUUUACUGAAGCUCUUGCAGUUUCAUCUCGUGCUUGUAGCAAACACCUGACCUUAGUGUGAGGGUGCUGCCACGAGCUACUUGUACUUCAUCACUUCUGCGAGAUUUUUGCGCCAUCUUGUCUUCAUGAAGGUAAAUGUAAAACGAUAGAUACUUACCUUCAUCUAGCUUAGCAAAAGGAAAAAACAAAAAACAUUCAGGCCUUCCACGUCCCCGCGUUCGCAGAAUACGUCUGAUAUCGAAUACGAGUUCUCCUCGUUCCGAAACGUGACGCGGACUGACACUGGUGUAGCAGAUUUGUUCAAGACACUGCGGAAAAGUUCUGGGGGUGGCACUGAGGUAAACUUAUUUUUUUGCGUUUCAAAGUCAAAGACAAAGCUACUUCCAGUCGCAGUGAGGCAAGAAACUUUGGGUUCCUCGCAAUAAAUCUAUCAUGGAGGAUCAUAUAGAAAAUAUCAGAUGACCGCUGCCAACAACCAGUGGGUGCCCAUGGACAAAGCGGGCCCCCUGGUGAGUCGCGCGCUGGGCGAGAAGGGCGAUCACGUAAACCCCGCAGUGCUGCAAAUAAUUCUCCAGCAGCACACGGGUAGUGUAGGACUGCCCGGAUUGCUGAACCCCACGGGUAAUGCGCUUGCCGGAUUAGUCGUUGGCGGAGCAGGACAGCAGCCGUUUCACAUGGGACUUCAACUCCAGCAGCAACCACUCGGCACCAUCAUGGAAAACAACGCUGCACCACCUACCGGGGGGGUUGGAGGACCACAACAACUACCGCUAGGAGGAGGUGGUAUCAACCCAGGUCAACAUCAAGCUUCUGGUCAACAACAACAGCAGUAUACUUCCGGUGCUGGUGGACCACAACAACCGCAACAGCAGCAGCAAGCCCCGGUGCUGAACCUCCAGCAGCUGUUAGUGCAGCCACUAAACCUGGAUGCCGCAACCGGCGGCGGCGCUGCUGGUGCUGCAACUACUUCUACGGCAGGAGGUCCGGCGCAAGGACAAGGAGGUCCACCAGGUGGGCAACUACAACAACCUCCCGGAGCAGGAGGGGGUCCUCCGAACACGCAGCAGCUGAACAUGCUGCCUCCUCUAGCAGGGGGUGCGCAGCAGCAGCAGCAGCAAAACCAAAAUCUUUCGAUAAUGCUAAAUACGGGCGGCGGGGGUGGGGGUGCAGCUGGUACUGCAAACAAUAACAUGCAACAGAUGUCCAUGGAGCAGCUAUUGCAGAUGCAGCAGUUUCUGACGCAAGUUUCAAACGUUGGUGGAGUUGGGGGCCAGCAGCCGGUUGUUGGUGCUAGUACACAGCAAGGUGCGGCGAGCCAGCAGCUUGGUGGAAUGCAGCAGCUGCCACAACAGCUCCUACAGCAGCAGCAACCGAUGCAACUGCAACCAUUCCAACUCGAUGGCACAACCACCGGUGGUGGCAACAUGAACAACGCCCAGCAGCAACAGAACAUGAAUAUGACCAACAACGCCGGUUUUCAGCCCCAGCCGCGGGGACCUAGUCAAGUGGGCGCCGGAGCAGGUGUUAACAUGACAACUCUGAAUCAACAGCAAGCGGGGCAGCAUCAACAUCAAGGGUUUUCCUUUACAGGGCUGACCUCGGCGGGCCCACCCGCCAUCCAGGGCAAUGUAAAUACGGGGGGCGGCCAAGGGGGACAACAACAGCAGCCACAGCCUGGCGUUGGCGGUCCAGCAAACAACGCUCAGGCCCACCAAUGAUGAUAAAAUUUUGAUGUGAUCGAUUUCACGUCGGAGGUGAGGGCCCUCCACAGCUCUGUGUCGCCGGCCAGUCACAGUCUGCUGCAUAAGUAGAUAUCAGGUCUAUCAUCCCGGCUUUGAUGUCGGAGGAAAUUUUAAGGAAGAUUGCAUAAACAAGUUUCCAUACCAAAAAUACUCUACCUGUACAACUUCUUCGUUCAAGAACACAAUACGAUGCACAGGACCUCCAACGAGGAAGCCACCUCCAACAAAGCCUUGGGUUAGGUGGAAAUACAACGCAAAUAAUUUGAGUUUCCAAAUCCAACUUUUCGUCAUCUUUUCAUCUUUUCGUUUUCAAUACCGUUGAGUUGUUUUUUUGAGGUCACAAAUAGCGCUGGCAAUGCCAAUUGGUCUGCCACAGUACCAGUGACAGAGUGAACACGAAUGUGACUGAGUUUGAUGAUGUUUUUACGUGCUGUUUUUACGAUGGCCCGACAUAAUUCGUGAAGCUGAAGUUCAAGUUUCACCAUGGUGUGGAAGCUGUAAAAUGGAAGGACGACGGGUAACGUACAUGGUAUGACUCAUCAAGAUCAUACUCUCAGCAGCAGAU